CAGUGGCAUAACCAGAGGAUGGUUCAAGCCUGGCCCAGUAUUGGGUUUCAUUUCCCAUUCUGAUUCCUGUUCAAGAGAACCAAACAUGAUGCCCCAUCAAAUAGCUGGGAAACAAAUCUUGACAGGGUUUCUCAGGAAAUAUGUCUUAUUUGGCAACGCUCUCCUAAUUAGGCUCAUGCUUGUCUUCUAUGGAGUUUAUCAGGACAGAACGAUGUUGGUAAAGUAUACAGACAUCGACUACCAAGUAUUCACUGAUGCUGCCAAGUAUAUCACAGAGGGGAAGUCUCCUUACCUAAGAGCCACGUACCGUUACACUCCACUGCUGGCCUGGAUUUUAACCCCAAACAUCUACAUUACUGACCUGUAUGGAAAGCUCCUGUUUAUUACUGGGGAUUUGGUUGCUGCGUACCUCAUGUACCGGAUUCUGCUGCUCAGAGGGCUGGAUAGUAGGAAGGCCUGUGGGUGCUGUGCCUUUUGGCUCCUCAAUCCUCUGCCCAUGACUGUAUCCAGCCGAGGAAAUGCCGAGUCCCUGAUAGCUGGCCUAGUCCUGGGCACCAUGUAUUAUAUGGAAAAGAAGCACCUGGCCAAGGCUGCUGUUCUUUAUGGCCUGUCUGUACAUAUGAAAAUUUACCCAGUGACCUAUGCAUUGCCUAUAGUUCUCCAUUUGCAAAGCAGCCAAAGCCACGAAAAAGGAAAUACAGACGUUCUGAAGCAACGAAAAGUGGACGACUUCCGGAGGUUCUUCUUAAGACUCUUCAGUCGGGACGUUCUGCUUUUCGCGGCUGUGGCUGGAGGGACCUUCGCUGCCCUCGGCCUUGUUUUUUAUUUCUCUUACGGCCGGGACUUUCUGGAGCAGACCUAUUUCUACCACUUGACCCGGAGAGAUAUCCGCCACAACUUCUCACCCUAUUUCUACAUGCUGUACUUGACUGCAGAAAGCGAGUGGAGUUUUCCCCUCGGACUUGCAGCUUUCUUGCCUCAACUCCUGCUGCUUUUGGUUAUUUCUUUCGCUUACUACAAAGACCUGGUCUUCUGCUCCUUCCUGCACACUGCUGUGUUUGUGAGUUUUAACAAAGUGUGCACCUCCCAGUAUUUUCUGUGGUACCUUUGCCUUCUGCCCCCCGUAAUCCCCCUUCUGAGGAUGUCCUGGCAGCGGGCUGCGCUUCUUUUUUUGCUGUGGCUGAUGGGACAAGGUCUGUGGCUGGCACCGGCAUACUUUUUGGAAUUCAAGGGGCAGAACACUUUCUUGCUCAUAUGGCUAGCAGGCUUAUUCUUUCUUUUUGCCAACUCUGUGAUUCUCAUUCAGAUUAUCGCUCACUAUUGCACCGGUCAGGUGAUUAGGAAAAUUAAACUACAGUAAGACUGACUGCCUUUGCUACACUGAUGAAACUCUUUAGGCCAGGGGUGUUGAACUAAUUUGUUAUGAGGGCCGGAUCUGACAUAAAUGAGACCUUGUUGG